AUGGCGGGUUAUGGCUUCGAGCUGACCAUCAGCGGCCUGGACGGGUCGGAGCUGCGCGUCAGCUGCCGGGAGGAGAUGCUGGGCCGCGAGCUGCUGCGGCAGGUGAGGUGCCAGCUGCCGCCGAAGCGCUGUUCUUCGAUUUGCCUCGUCUGUAACGACGUGAAGGUCUUGCCCGGCGAGACUUUGCGGAAGCAAGGCGUGCGGGCAUCUUCGCAGUGCACUUACAGCUACGCUCGGGUUAACCUGCCCAAAGCAUGGCAUGUGCUGCAAGGACAAGAGAUGGAAGCGGAGUCCAUGGAAGGGGUCACAAAGCUUUCGUUGGGGCCAGGCACCUAUGAGCACCUCUACGGAUUGACUCUGCCAAGCAGCUUGCUCAGCCUCACUUUCGGCAUCGGUUUCAACCAGCCUUUGAAAGCAGCAGCUUUGCCAGAGAGACUUCAAAGCCUGACUUUCGGUGAGGAAUUCAACCAACCUUUGCAGGACGUGACACUGCCAAGCAGCUUGGAAAGCCUUACUUUCGGCGCGCAAUUCAACCAACCGUUGCAGGACGUGACGCUGCCAAGCAGCCUUCAAACUCUGGCUUUCGGCGAGUGUUUCAACCAACCCUUGCAGGGAGUGACCCUGCCGAGCAGUCUGCGGAGCUUGGCUUUCGGUCUAGAGUUCAACCAAAGCUUGGAAGGAGUGGCGCUGCCUGGUAAUCUGCAGAGCCUGGCAUUCCCGAGCAACGAGCCGAUACCCCUUGACGAAGAUGGCACGGACUUCAACCAGAGUUUGGAGCGGGUGUCUCUCCCGAACAGUCUCGAGAGCCUUACUCUUGGACGCAGCUUCAACCAACCCUUGCAGGGAGUGAUGUUUCCCAGCAGCUUGCAAAGCCUGACUUUCGAUUCCAAGUUUGACCAACCCUUGCAGGGAGUGACUCUGCCCAGUGGUUUGCAGAGCCUGACGUUUGGAGACCUCUUCAACCAGAGUUUGAAGGGAGUGACGCUGCCAAGCAGCUUGCAGAGCCUCAUUUUCGGCUAUGCUUACAACCAAAGCAUACAGGAAGUGAGCUUGCCAAGUGGUUUGCAAAGCCUCAUUUUUGACCGUAAUUUCCAUCAGCCCUUAAAGGGAGUAAGUCUGCCAGGCGGGCUUCAGAACUUGACCCUAGGCGGUCGCUUUAACGACUGCUUGGAGGGAGUAGAGCUUCCAAGCAGCUUGAGGGACUUGACGUUGGGCCGUGGCGAGGCGCAAAGCUUGUCAGGCAUUACACUGCCGAGCAGCUUGCUGAGCCUGAUGCUUGGCAGUAAGGCUUACUCAGGAUUGCAAGAUGUGAUUCUGCCCAACAGUCUGCAAAGCCUGACUUUCGGCUGGGGAUUCAACCAAAGUUUGCAAGGCGUAGUUUUGCCUGCCAGCCUGCAAAGCUUGAAGUUUGGCCCGAACUUCAACCAGAGUUUGCAAGGAGUGAUGCUGCCAAGCGGCUUGGAGAGCUUGACAUUCGGCUAUCACUACAACCAGAGCUUGGAGGGAGUGAAUCUGCCAAGUAGCCUGGUCACCUUGAUCUUCGACUUUCAAUUCAACCAAAGCUUGCAGGGAGUGAUCCUGCCAAGCAGUUUGCAGCGCCUGUCUUUUGGCUGUGCGUUCAACCAAGCCAUUGAGGGAGUGACGCUGCCUGGCGGUUUGCAGAGUCUCGCUUUUGAAGAUGAGUUCAACCAACCCUUGGAGGGAGUGACCCUGCCGAGCAGCCUGCAGAGCCUAGCUCUUGGGCUAGAGUUCAACCAAAGCUUAGAGGGAGUGACCCUGCCUAGCAAUCUGAAGAGUCUUGCCUUUGGUGACGAGUUUCGCCAUAGCUUGGAAGCAGUGAAGCUGCCAAGCAGCUUGCAGAGCCUGACUUUGGGCGAGGAGUUUGACCAUAGCUUAAAGGCAUUGAGCCUGCCGAGCCUGGAGAGUUUGAGCGCCAGAGGUUCCACCAUUGAAUGUGCAUGA